AUGGCAAAAGCAAAGGUGGCGCAGCCUGUGGCGAGUGACGACUCGUCUCUGUCUUCAAGCGAAGAAGAAGUGCAGCCGAAGAAGGCCGUACCUGCAAAGGCGGCUGGUGCAGCUCUGAAGAAGAAGGCACCUGCCCCUGCGGCUCCUUCGAGCUCAUCAGACGACAGCUCUGAUGAGGACCAGCCAAGCGCAACAGUCGUUAAAAAGGCAGCAGCAGCAAAAAAAAAUAAUGUAGGAAAGGGCCCUGCUGCAAAGGCGCAGUCGACCGCGCAGGAUUCAUCCGAUUCAAGUUCCGAUGAUGAAAUGCCUGCCCCGAAGAAAGGCCAAGCCGCUGCGAAAGCUGCAGCUCUGCAGAAGGCCGCCGCCCAAGACUCAGACUCCGACGACUCUUCUGAGGAUGAGCCCCCAGCGACGAAGCCUGCGCAGAAAGCAAAGGUGACCGCAGCAGCAACGCAGAAGAAGCCAGUGCCUCCGCAGUCCUCAGACUCAGAUUCUUCCGAGGAGGAGAGGCCUCCACCGAAGAAAGCACCAGCGCCAGUAAAGGGAAAGCCAGCAGCAGCACCUCAAAAGAAGGCACCUGUGUCAAAUGACUCCGACUCGGACGAUUCUUCUUCUGAAGACGAUGCCCCGCCUCCACCUAAGAAGGCAGCGGUCUCAGCCAAAGCAAACGCAGCAGCUCAGAAAAAGGCGGUAGCAUCCUCUGAUUCUGAUGACUCUUCAUCCGAGGAGGAAGCUGCGCCUCCCGCAAAGAAGCCCGCACCAAAGGCCAAGGCGGCAUCUGCAGCACAGAAGAAAGCAGCAGCUGCAGCUCAGGACUCUGACUCGGACGACUCUUCUUCUGAAGAUGAUGCACCUCCUCCCAAGAAGGCACCAGCAGCAGCCCCCAAGGGCAAGGCUGCAGUGACAGCUGCAGCUAAGAAAGCACCAGCAGCUCAGGACUCCGACAGCGAUUAUUCCUCAUCGGAGGAGGAAGCCGUGCCUGCAACAAAGAAGCCGGCGCCUAAGGCAGCUGCUGCUGCACAGAAGAAAGCAGCUGCGGCAGCGAUGUCUGAAGACUCAGACGACUCUUCUUCUGAGGACGAAGCGCCCCCAGCAAAGAAACCAGCAGUCGCAGCAACCAAGGGCAAGGCAGCUGCGCCAGCCCCAAAGAAACAGCCAGUGCAAGAGGAUUCGGAUUCCGACGACGACUCCUCGGAGGAGGAGGCCGCACCUCCAGCGAAGAAACCCGCCCCUAAAGCUAAAGCAGCUCCAGCUCAGAAGAAGGCACCAGCACCAGCGCAGGAUUCCGACUCAGAUGACUCCUCUUCCGACGAAGAGGACAGUGCGCCUCCUCCCAAGAAAGCAGCACCGGCGGCCAAGGGCAAAGCCGCUGCAGUGGCUCAAGAUUCGUCUUCAGAUGAAUCGGACUCGGACGAGGAGGAGGAGCCUCCGAAGAAGCCAGUAGCUCAGAAGAAGGGCAAGGCGGCAGAUGCCGGCAUGGAGGUUGACGGAGGCUCGAAGAAAAGGAAGCAGACGCAGGCGCAGAACGGCCAACAGCAAGGCCCCAAGAAGAAGCUACAACUCACAGAUCAAUCCGCUGCUGCUCGCAUGCGCUCCGAGAUCUUCUGUGGCGGCCUUCCCUACUCCGUCACAGAGGAGCAGCUGAAAGAUCUGUUUGAGGCAGACUGCGGCCCGACGACGCGCAUCAAGAUCCUGGAGGGGAAGGGCAUCGCCUUUAUCACCUUCGCAUCUGAGGAGGCAGCAGCAAAGGCGGUGGAAUUCAACCAGACAGAGUACGAGGGCCGCACGCUGCGCAUUAAUCUCUCAGCAGAUAGGCAGCAGCAGCAGCAAGGCGAUCGCAAACACGAAGGAAAGAAUGGAGCCCCCAGAGAUGAUCGCCCGAAGGCGGACCCCUCCAACCAAAUCGUAUUGCGCAACCUGAGCUUCGAUACGACGGAGGAUACCAUCAGGGAAACCUUCGGAGAAUGCGGAGAGAUCCGCGCUGUGCGAAUUCCCGUAUUUGAAGACAGCGGGAAGCCGCGUGGUCAGGCAUUCCUAGAAUUCGACUCUGUUGACUCAGCGACAAAAGCGCUCGAGUUCAACAACACGGAGCUUGACGGCCGCACCAUUUGGGUGGCCUAUGCGCUGCCUCGAGGCGCAGGCGGAGACAGAGGAGGAAGAGGAGGAAGAGGAGGCAGAGGUGGAGCUGCAGGAGGCCGUGGCGGGGGACGCGGUGGUGGCCGCGGAGGGUUCCGCGGAGGCCGAGGAGGUGGCGCGUCUUCUGCUAAGGCUGCAAACGCGGGAAAUGUACAGGAGUUCCAAGGGAAGAAAACUACAUUUGAGGAUAGCGACUGA